CACCUACAUGCACUGUUUUGUGCUCCAUACGGUGUCCUUUUACAAACGAGUGCGCAUCGCCUAGCUGUUCGCAGCAUUUCGGUCCCUUUGGGAUGUCUGCCCGCGUUUUGUAAAAGUUUUUACCAAAAUUUUGGUGUACACCUUCACAGCAAUGAGACCGCCAGACAAUUUAAACCUUACCACGGACGAAUUCGCGGAGUACCUCAGGAAUGAGUGCAAGGAGUACGUUCGUUCGCAGGUAUUGCGCAUUGAUGAACAUAAGCACGCCCACUUGGAUGACAGCAUUCGCAGCGAGAGAGUGUUCUUCCAUACUUCCUAUAAGAAUAGGUUGGCACCGCUUACCGAUCGAUUGGCAAGAAAGCACGGCGUUGCCAUGGAAAUACGCAAUCACGACCGGUACACCGAGUGUGUGCAUAUCACGGGGCGAGUAGUAGCAAUUGAGGACGUGAAAAGUGCGUUAAAGGAGCAUUUAGGUAUUUAAUGCGGGAUAGCAGCUAUACGUUGAUUAAAAAGUGUUUGAUCAAUGAACUGCGCAUGGUAUGGUGCCGUUCUCAUGGUGGCACCUGCGUUGAACGGCAUGAGUGCGAACAAAUUAUUUUGUAAAAGGGAGCAUUCCUUGGAGAUGAGCUGCGUUGAAGCGGACCGAUAUGAACUGACAAAGAAGUACGUAGGAGUCAUGGCAACGCAUAUUUACCGUUCAGCUUGUGUCUACUCCAUUCCAG